ACAGUCAUGUCCGACCUGCGCGUGCGUGCGUGCGUGCAUUGGAGUGUUUGACCAGGUCUCUUUGAGUGUGUGCUCUGGACAGAUAGUUGUUGAUUCAGUGUGACCUGUUACAUGAGGAACCACAGAGACAGAGCCUCUAUUUGCGCCUGGUCCACAAUAACUACGGCACCACGGCACUACGGCACCACGGCUGCUGCGACUGCCAACAGCACCGCCAGUGUGGCCAACGCAGAGGAUCCUCCUCCACAUCAACACAGAUGCUGCUCCUCCUCAUCAUCAUCAUCACACACACCAGCACAGGUGCACAGGGGAGACGCGCUGAAGGCCAUUCAGCAGAGAGGAGUCUUCACUAGGAGUUACAAGCCUUCGCUAUAUGGUCCCCACACAUGGGACAGACCUCAGCCAGACCCCAGCCAGACCCCAGCCAGACCUCAGGAGGUGAAGGAGGAACGUCACGACGACCCGGCUAGGACGAGUGGAGCGUCAUGAGCACGUGGAACAGCACGGAGGUUCUGACCCAGAACUGCACUCUGGACACCAGCUACCGCUUCACCUACUACCAGGUGUCCUACAGCCUGAUCUUCGUGGUGGGCGUGUGCAGUAACGUGCUGGCGUUCCGGCGCUUGUGUGUCUCUCCGCGCGCCCUCACCAGCACGGCCGUCUACAUGACCAACCUGGCCGCGGCCGACCUCUUCUUCGUGCUCUCGCUGCCGCUACGCAUCUACCACUACCACCACCAGGCCGCUCACUCUUCCUCCUCCUCUUCCUCCUCCUCCUCCUCCUCCUCCUCCGUGGGCUCGGUCCCCACCUGGUCGCCCGGGGUAACGUUCUGCCACGUGACGUUCACGCUGAAGUACAUCAGCCUGUACGGCGGCAUCUUCUUCCUGGUGUGCAUCGGCGUGGACCGCUACUUCGCCGUGGUGCACCCGCUGGCGUGGCGCUUGCGUCGCGUGGGCACGGCGCGGCUGGUGAGCGCGGGCAUCUGGUGCCUGGUGUUGGCGCUCAGCCUGGCACUGCCCCUGCUGCGCUCCUCCUCCUCCUCCUCCUCCUCCUCCUCCUCCCAGCACCUGCAGCCGUGCCUGCUGGACCCGUCGGCGCGGCACAACCGGGCCUUCAUCCUGACGGCGCUGCUGUUGGUGCAGCUGGCGUUCCACCUGCCGGCCCUCCUGCUGCUCUACAGCUACUGCCGCGUGCUGCACGUGCUGCGCCGCCAACGCCAACCGCCACGGCAACCGCCACGGCAACGCAGCCGCCGCUCCGCCCGCCAGCACCAGCAGCAGCACGGGUUACCGCGGCAACACAGGCGACACGGGCGCACGCUGCGGGUCAUCUACUGGGUGCUGGGCGUGUUCCUGCUGUGCUUCCUGCCGUACCACCUGAACCUGCUGGGCUACACGCUCACGCACCUGGGCCUGCUGCGCUGCUGCGCCCUCGCCAGGGCAACCCAGGCACUGCACCCCGUCGUGCUCUCGCUCGCCAGCGCCAACUGCUGCCUCAACCCGCUCAUCUACUGCGCAUCCAGCCGCCCGCCACACAAGCACACACACACGCACACGCACACGCACACGCCCAGCACGGCCACCAGGGGCAGCGCCAGCCACGGGGGCAUCACGCCCGCAUCCACCAACGAGGGAGAGCACCUGCCUCAGCCAAUCAGGUCAUCCACUAGUCUCCACCAAUGAGGGAGAGCAGCUGCCUCAGCCAAUCAGGUCAUCCACUAGUCUCCACCAACGAGGGAGAGCAGCUGCCUCAGCCAAUCAGGUCAUCCACUAGUCUCCACCAACGAGGGAGAGCACCUGCCUCAGCCAAUCAGGUCAUCCACUAGUCUCCACCAAUGAGGGAGAGCACCUGCCUCAGCCAAUCAGGUCAUCCACUAGUCUCCACCAAUGAGGUCAUCCACUAGUCUCCACCAAUGAGGGAGAGCACCUGGCGCAGCCAAUCAGGUCAUCCACUAGUCUCCACCAAUGAGGGAGAGCAUCUGCCUCAACCAAUCAGGUCAUCCACUAGUCUCCACCAGUGAGGGAGAGCGCCUGCCUCAGCCAAUCAGGUCAUCCACUAGUCUCCACCAAUGAGGGAGAGCAGCUGCCUCAGCCAAUCAGGUCAUCCACUAGUCUCCACCAAUGAGGGAGAGCACCUGCCUCAGCCAAUCAGGUCAUCCACUAGUCUCCACCAACGAGGGAGAGCACCUGCCUCAGCCAAUCAGGUCAUCCACUAGUCUCCACCAGUGAGGGAGAGCGCCUGCCUCAGCCAAU